AUAUAUGAUGGAUGGUGGACGAUCUGAACUCUAGGAUUUAUUGUAGAUGGCUUUACACAUAACUCUUAACCCUUCAAAAUAUCAGUCUAGAAAAUGACAAAGAGGACGCUAUCCAACUUGGUUUCCCGAGGCAUUGCUCAUUCCUUUGAGUCAAGGGUUGUAUCAAUGCAACUCUUUGGGCAAAGUUUAAAGUAUUCAACAAAGAUAAGUGGUGAUUCAGAUACACAUGAAGAUUUUCGUUCGACCAAUAAACUGGAAGGCUCUGGAAUCUCCGUGCAAGAUGUUGUUCAACAGGAUGUUAAGAUAAACCCAGUGAUGAUUUAUAUGAAGGGUGUUCCUGAUGCUCCUCGCUGUGGAUUUAGUGCAUUGGCUAUCAAAGUUCUGCAGCAAUACAGAGUUCCCAUAAGUUCUAGAAAUAUUCUGGAAGAUCCUGUUCUCAAAGAGGGUGUAAAAGCUUUUAGCAAUUGGCCAACUUUUCCACAAAUUUUCGUGAAAGGAGAGUUCAUUGGGGGAUCUGAUAUUGUUCUGAGCAUGCACCAGAACGGUCAACUAAAAGAGUUACUUUCGGAUAUCAACGGUGACAAUUCUAAGCCCUCGGGUGAAUAACUAGUUUUUUCUUUGUGCUGGAUUUUGAGAUAAGGCCCUGAUUAGUUUUUGUUUAUGAAAAUAUAUUACACAUGGAGUUUUUGGUUAAUAUUAGCGUGUAAUCUUUGCUAUACUUACAUAAUAUGAUAUGGCAAUCUAUUUGCAUUCAAGCCUAAUGAAAUUAUGCCACGUCUAUCAUUUUUUUUCC